CACACUCCAGUCCAGUAGGUGGUGCUGAUGCACCUUUUAGCUGGUUUGCCAACCGCAAAAAUCCCCCAAAAGAAGCCGUCAUGUUGUUAGUUUGAGGCUUCUGCUGGUUUGGGGGAUACAGUGGUGGGUUAGUUGAACUCUGGAGUCCUGUACCAACUUAAAUCCGCAGAAUGAUGAAGGGAAAGACGGUUAUUGUGACCGGUGCGAACAGCGGGAUAGGAAAGGCCACAGCAGCCGGCAUUGUGAAACUCCAGGGUCGUGUAAUAAUGGCCUGCCGAGACUUGGACAAGGCUGAGGAGGCAGCUCGGGACAUCCAACAAGGCACCGGUGCAGAAAGUACACAGCUGGUGGUCAAACAGCUCGACCUCGCUUCACUGACAUCUGUACGCGCAUUCUGUGAAGACAUAAUAAAGGAGGAGCCUCGGCUAGAUGUGCUGAUCAACAAUGCCGGUAUCUACCAGUGUCCUUACACCAGAACAGAGGAUGGCUUUGAGAUGCAGUUUGGAGUCAACCAUCUGGGACAUUUCCUGCUCACCCAUUUGUUGCUGGAUCUUCUGAAACGAUCAGCUCCUAGCCGCAUAGUGGUGGUCUCUUCCAAGCUCUAUAAACACGGUUACAUAAAUUUCGAGGACCUAAGCAGCGAGAAGUCGUAUGACAAAGCUUUUGCCUACAGUCGCAGCAAACUAGCCAACCUUUUGUUCACCUGUGAGCUUGCCCGUCGCCUGGAGGGCAGCGGAGUGACAGCGAAUGCUGUCACUCCGGGCAUAGUGAGGACUAAUCUGGGGAGGCACGUUCACAUCCCUGUGAUAGUUAGGCCGCUUUUUGACCUGCUGUCCCGAAGCUUGUUUAGGAGCCCCGAAGAAGGAGCUCAGACAUCCGUCUAUGUAGCUUCUAGCCCGGAUGUUGACAAUGUGCAAGGAAAGUGCUUUGCAGAUUGUCAGCCUCAGGUUCUUUUGGACAAAGCCAUGGAUCAGGAACUGGCCGCUAAAUUGUGGGACAUUAGUGAAGUCAUGGUGGGGAUAAUCACAUGAGAUCAGUGUGAAUUUUGAGACUUAAAAAUCAAUUAUUUAAUAAGCAUUUAUUAACCAAAGUCUUUCUAGACAGCACAAAGUUAAACAGGGCAGAGCAAAUCCAAAGCCAUGUUUUCCAGAAUUAAGACUUUUGUUUGUCCUAAGUGAUCGGGUCCUGUCAUAUCUUCAAAGUCUCAUAGUACCAUACUUUCCCAGUAGAGCACGUUGCUCUCAGACUGCAGGCUUUACUUGUGUUUCUUAGAAAUGUCAAAAGUAGAACGGGAGCAGAGCGUUCCUGUCUGUGGAACCUGCUCCCAGUCUCGGAGCGGUUAAAUUCAAAUGUUCCUUUUAGAUAAUGCUUGUAAUGAGGGCUGCGGCAGAACCGUCCCUCAAUUUUGCUGAUGUAAAGCUGAAAGUGAAACUGUGGGUUCAGGAUUCUUUGGAACUUCCCAUGAACUGAACAUUUCUCAUUUACGCCCCUCGUUUUGCUCCUGAUGUAAAUGAAUGUGGAACGGCAUGCAGUAAAUGUGCAGUAAAAAUGUCAUUAACCUGUUCAGGGAUGUAAAGUCAUAUGUCAUAAUGUGAUGCGGUUGUCUUCUCUCAUAAAAUUGAAGUGAAUCGAUAUUGUUUCCUCUUGGAAAUCAUACUCUGGCACAUGAAGUGGAUUAUUACAGUAAGUUUUUUAUUUAACUAGGAAGUGAAAGUCUUGGGCUGUUUUGCGACAGUCGGCCCUGCUGUAGCGUGUUUUUGAAGGCAGGAGAAAUGGGAUUGCCUGGAGAAAACCUGAGAAAGCACGAGGAGAACAUCUAAACCACACACAGAAGAGCCCCGCUGUGAGGCAGUGCUAACUACUGAGCCACAAGUCUUUUUGAACUGAAUGCACUAAUAGUUGUUGCAGUGGUAUUAUACCACAAGCAUGUGUUGUGGAAGUUUUUCCAUUUAAAUAAAGCCUGCAGAUGAGCGGUGAGCGGUAGCCAACAUUCUUUAAUCCAGACACACAAAGACAACGGACAACCAAGCUUGAUGGAGAGCCUGCAUGACGCGGGGCAGGUCAGCAGAGUCUCUCUGAGCCUAGCAUGGCCCUCACUUAAAUACCUUCUCCAGGAACAAAAGGCAGUACACAGCUGUUUCACACCUUAAGGUUCACACUCCCUUGCUACCUCCCAGAGUCUUCAAGAGACAAAAGACUCUUCCUGUGGAGUGGUCUGCUUCCCCCCAACUUCCUUCUUACAGUAUGGGUGUCAGACAUGUUAAAAUGCAGUGGCACCAAGGCAUUAUACAAUAAAAUAAUGUGAUUAAUACAUAAGUAAAAGAAAUUCCUAUACACAUGACAAUGAGUCAACAGACAGUCGUCCAAAAUAAGAGAGUUUGUUAUACUUACACUAUAAUUUAUAGCUGGUUCUUUAGCUGAGGCCAGUGUGUUUGUGUAAAUGGGCUCAAGCAUACAGUUUGUUGUGUUGUGGCCCUUUUCAACAUCAGUGUUUUAUGGACUCAAACUUGAAUAAUAUUGAGUCGUCCAUGUGUACAAACGUAUACAAAUGCAGUACAAAAUUAAAAUGAUCUAGAUUCUCCUUGGUUUUAUUCAAACAAAGCUCUGAAAAGUUUUCCUUGUAACUCUUGUCAAUAAACAUCCACAAAACCUCUCAAGAAAUUGUCCCAGUUUCUGCUGUCAGCAGGAAAGCCUGCCGCUCGUAUUCUCCUGAACACACACUCUCCUUACAGGCUUUUAUACGUUUCCAUCCACGCUGCAGAAUGAUCGUUUCAGAGUUCAGCUCGAACUAGUUGAUGAAUUCAUUUUCCAUUUGACCUGAAUUUCACUCAUUGUUGGAUGCAGUGGUGCAAAGCAUGUCACCACUGGACUGUAGAGCAGUGGAGGCGUGUUCUCUGGAGUGACGAAUCAC